AUGCCUCCGAAAGGCGUAGGCACUACUCCUGCAGUGGCACGUCCACAACACGCACGGAAGCCAUCCACAGCUAGCCCAGUUACGGAGAAGGGAAAGGGUAAAGACAAAGAGAAGAUGAAGAAAGAUGAUAAAGAUGCCAUGCCACCUCCUCCGCCUCCGCCAAAGGCCAUGGCAAUACUAGAACCCGAAGUAUGUGCCUUGGAAGAGAGCUUGAAGAACAUAACUGUCACUACUGCACAAGUAUUCAAGUUCUAUACAGACACUAAGAGAAUGGGUAUCCAGAAACAUGCUCCCCAUCCACCUCGCUCUUUGACUUCCGCUCUUGAACAUGAACUCGGGACAUAUGAUCAGAUUUGCGACACUCUGGAUGCCCACCUCACACGUGCAAUCGCAGUACUUCAGCGUGAUCUCACACGAGAAGAAACUCGCAUUCGUGAGGAAGAGGCUGAAAAGGCACGCGCGAAAGCUGCAGAGACAGAGGCAGCCAACGCCGAUAUCGAAAUGGCAACUCAACCCGAGACGGACGAUAAAACGCAACACCUCGCAUCCGCCGAGGCACGACCGACUGCCACGAGGAUUACCACUCGGCGACCGUCGAAAAUCUCACUCUCAACUCUCCAACGAAAUCCCUUCCCACUGAGAUUAGACCUUUCAUCCGCUUCUCUUCGUUUAGGUGCAGACGAAGGUGGUUUGGAUAUGUCUGCAUUGGGUGAUUUGACUGGUCUCGGCUCCUUAGGCUCAAUGGGUGUUACUGGAAUGACUGGCCUCGCCUCACCUGUGACUCUUGCACCAAAAUCUGCGCGGCCAAUGGCUCCAGGAGAGAUUCCGCCUGAGGUUCUAGCUGCUCUUGCAUCUGCCUCGGGUAUGGACAGUCAAAACAUGCCUAUGCAAAAUGCCAACCAACAUGUCGAUAUUGAUUUGACAGUAGACGACGACUUACAAAUUCCUACAGGGAUAGAUUUCUCGAGUGCAGGCAGCUCCGUUGACAAGCCUAUCGAGCUUGACCUUGACCUGAAUAUGACGGAUAUGACGAAGCUUCACUCUGAUUUGUUCGGAGAACAGAGUGGCAAUGGUGCUCAGCAAUCCGGGCCUUCCGAUAGCAUAGACGUAGACGAGUUAUUCGGUCCGGAAGCUCCUAGCGCACCAACUGCAACUGACUCCAAUGACCCUACGUCUGGGAUGGACAUGAGUAUACUGCUAUCAGAACAUCAAGCACAUGAUGAUGCACUUUUUGCAUCGCUCAACGCCGGAAAUCACGGUACCGGAGAGAAGAACCUGGAUGCACAACCCAGAACGGGCCCUUCCACCAGCGAAGGAGGUGGUGACGGAACAGCAUUUGAUUACUCGGCGUUCUUUAAUAAUAAUGGCCCACCUAACCAGGAUCAACUCGACAUGAUGGAGCAGAUAUUCAAAUUGGGUGAAGCUGGCGGCGGACAUGGGGAAGCAUCAGGCUCUGGCAGCAAUAAUGUGCCUCCUGGGACCACAUAA